GGCGCUGGGCAGCGAGGCUACAACAGCGCAGCAGGCAGAGCUAGCCUGGAGGCGACUUCAAGAGUCAAACGCGGCUGUGAGUCCCGACUACGAGCAGGAGAUCUUCUAUGCCUGGGGCAUCAUGAACUCGAACAACUGUUCGUCAUGGAACCACAAUGUGAUCUCGGAGCCCUUGCUGUGUUUCUUCGCGGCCGACAACCAGGGACUCGACUUCUUCGGUGCAGAGAACCGAAGCGAUCGACCCUUUGGAUGUCACGUGACACGCGAUA